AUGUUGGCAAGACAAAGAUCGCUUUCGUUUUGUGGCGCGAAAAAUGUGAAAUUUGAAUUGGAAAUUGAAGAAAAUGAGGAUGAAGAAGGUAGGAUUUUAAAGGGACAUUUGAAGCUAAAUUUGGGAUUUUUUUGGAUAUAAACUUGGCGCGAAAUUGUCAGAUUUGAAAAUUCAAGUUUGACAACAAAAAAUUCUCCCCGGAAAAUUGUUGAAAAUCUAUAAGUUUCUCGAAAAUUGGAAAAUUCUCUCGUGUCAUAAAUAAAUGCAUAAACAUAAUUUUUAUUGUUUUUUCUCGGAAAAAAAUUCUCAAUAAUUUUUCUUGUGAUUUUUUUGGGCCGCAAGAAAAAAUUCAGAAAAGUUUUUAGACCUCGCCCCUUUUUUCCUGAAAAUUUGAUUCGAAUCUAGUCUCAUUUUAUAGUCCUUGCAAAAUUUUCUACAAACUAGACUAUAGUUUGACCCGAAAUUAAUUUCAGAAAUUUGACAAUUUCAGGGAAAGUCUGGUCUCGUUUUCUAAAUAGCUUUUGAAAUUCUCUAUAUAAACUAGACUAUAGUUUCGUCUGAAAUACAUUUUUCAAAAAAUUCACAAAAUUUUCAAUUUCACAAUUGAAUUUCUAGUCUCAUUUUGUGAAUAGCCCUUGGAAUUUUCUACAAACUAGACUAUAGUUUGACCUGAAAUGAUUUUUUUCAAACAAAUUUUCUCCCAAAAAAGGCCCAUCCUCUCCGUCUUUUCCUCCUUCUUUUUUUCCUUUUUUGCCUCAAUGCUCCACUUAAUUGUUGUUAUAAAAAAGAACAUGCGCGAAAUAGAAAAAAAUAUUGAUUUUUUGUUUUGUUUUUCAUGCCCUUUUUCUCCUCCAAAAAUGGGGAAAAAAUAAAUAAAAUUAUGCUUUUUUCCACGAAGAAUCAUUGAUUUUUUUCGACUUUUGACACCAAAAAACCCAUAUUUUCAGGACUUAUGACAACUCUCCAUAACAAAUUCGGUGCAAUAAUUCAAGAUGGAAUUGUCGAAGGCCAGAGAUUUGCGCUAAGUUCCGAUUUAUGGAGAUAUGCCUCAACUUCGACAAAUUGCGAUUUAUUAAUUACAAUGCAAUUUUCGAAUGAUGAUUUUGAGAUGAAAAAUGCAGUGAUGUGGUUGGUUCAACAAAUUCGAGAAGCUGAACCGAAUUUAGGAUUAGGAUUGGGUUUAGAAGUCAGGUUUCAUCGAUUGAAUUCGUGUUAUGCCAUUUAUUUGACCGCUGAUUACAAGAGGUAUGCAUUUGGGGAGGGGGAAAUGAGGGGAAUCAAACCUGUGAUAUGUUCAACUCAAUAUUACCAUAAUUUUCAGCUUGCUCAAAGGUGCCGAACUCUGCCACAUCAAAAAAACGAUCAAACCUCAAUUUGGCGGUGGAAUGCGUGAUUUCAGUUUCGAAGAAGCUCAAUGUUUUCAAGGCGUUGAAAACAAACAGAAUUUUCUGAGUCCAAUGGAGCGCACUUUGAUAGUCAAAGCGAUGAUUGAUAUGAUUCGAGCGACGAAAAAAGAAGGACUAGUUUUGAAAUUAUCGAGCAGAUCGAUUAUUUUUCAAGAAGGAAGUGCGAUUGUUCCGAGAUUGAUUAGUACAAAUGUAGGUUGCGGAAAGGUGCCGGAAGCUUCCGGAUUGCCAAAAAUCAUUAUUGUAUAUAGCCCGAACCCAAAAAAAAAAUUGAUUCGGAUUUCUCAAAAUUUCCUGAUUAAAAUACAGGGUGACCCAUAAUUAUUGUCGCGUGAGUUGAACUCGUUAACCCGAGUUCUACAUUUUCAAAACGAAAUUAGAUAAAGUUUGGUUUUGAUAAAUUCAAUCUUAAAGGUUAUAUAAUGAAACUUUUGUAUUCUAUUUUGAUCGUAUCAGCUGUGCUGGAUUAUAGUAACAGCGGUAAAGUAGAGAUAGAUUUCCAAAAAUAAUUUUUCAGAAGAAAAUUCGUUUUUUGGACUUUAGGUGUAAAUUUUAUGAGAAUGGUGAAUACUGACUAUGCCCAAAAGUGUUUAUAUCCUAAAUUCUGUCCCUGAAAUGGGUUUUUGCACAAUACGAAAGCUGGAAAUUAUCAGAAAAAAAUAGGGACCUUCAUUGUAGAAAACGCUCAAAAUUCAUGGUUUUGGGAGUUUUGCUAACUCCAAGUCAGAUUCGAGCUAGGUUUCAGAUCUUAAAAUACUUUGUUUUAGUGCAUAGAAUAGGCAUGUUCACAAAAAGUUCCACUAAAAAACUCAUACUCGAUCUCAGAAUGGAUUUUGUUGUUUUUCUUGAUUUUUCUCGAUUUUUUUUUGAAAUUUCGGAAAAGACGCUUGACUUUGGAGCCCUGAAACAAGUGAGAAGCGGUAAACUCUUGCAAGAUAUGCUAUUAUAUCUUGUUCAGGACAUCAAAAAAUGUAUUAAAACAUAAUUUCCAAAUACAUAUGUUCAGUCUGAUACAUUUCUGGAAUUUACAAAGAGAAAAAAGAGGCUUAAAAUCGCAAAAUUCAAAGUUUUUGGGGUUGGUGAAGGUGGUGGGUGGGAAAAAAAUUGUGUUGUCAGUAUAGUUUUGAAAAUCUGUCAGUAAUCAUGUUUUCUAAAAUUUCCGACCUUAACAUUGUUAAAAUUCGAAAUCUUGUUCUACCUGCAGAGGUUCAAAGUGGCGACAAUAAUUAUGUGUCACCCUGUAUUUUGAAACCUAUUUUAUUCGGGAGAUGAAAUUCCAGAAUUCGCGUCAGAAAAAUUUCAAAUGUUUUUUUUAGGUAAUCCAAAACGUGUCAGCAUUGCAUAAUUUGGAAUAUUUGAAAAAGUUGCAAGAAAAAUGGGUAUAUUCAAUAACCACUGAACAACCGAUCGAUGAAAUCAAAGAUUAUUUUGGCACUGAAAUCGCAAUGUAUUUUGCAUGGCUCGGACAUAUGACAACUGCUUUAUGGUUUCCAGCGCUCCUAGGGAUUCUUAUGUUUUUCGUUGGGUUCAAAUAUAAAAAUGAGCCGGGAGAAAAACAAGACUUAUACCAACUUAUAAGUGACAUUUGCUUCGUAUUUUUCGCAUUUUUCAAUUGUAUUUGGAGCACAAUUUAUUUGGAAUCGUGGAAAAGAAUACAAGCCGAAUUAGCAUUCAAAUGGGGAACUUAUGAUGCUACACAAGACUCGUAUCUACAAGAUCCGCGGCCGGCAUUUCAGGGAGAUUAUUUGGCACCAAAUCCGGUUUCUGGUGAGAUUUUAGAGCAUUUUGAUAUAGAAUUUUCUCAAUUUUCUCUAAUUUUUCUCCCAAGAAUCUGAUAUUUUCAGGUCGCCUCGAACCAUUUUACCCAGCCUGGAAACAUUUAUUCGUCCGAUAUAUCAUAACUUAUCCAAUAACUUGUCUGUGUGUAAUUGGAAUGUUUCUAGCAAUGUUAGCCAUUUUCACAAUUCAAGAUUUCUGCGAUUUCUAUUUCGCUCACAUUUUUGCUCUAAAAUGGAUUUGUUAUCUACCAAUGAUUGUUUAUGCGCUUAUGAUUGUAAUAAGUGACAAAGUGUAUCGAAAACUCGCCAUUUUCCUCAAUGAUUUGGAGAAUUAUCGAACAGACGAUGAAUAUGAGGAUUUUUUGAUCACUAAAAUUGUGCUCUUUCAAUUUGUCACCGCAUUUGGAUCGUUGUUUUAUAUCGCGUUUAUUUUGAGAGAUAUGAAAAGAUUGCAAGAAACACUGGCGACAUUGUUGAUUACACGACAAGUUACACAAAAUAUUAUGGAAACUGUUGUGCCGUUUAUGUUGGAAAAGCUGAAAUUGAGCAAUUUGACAUAUAAGUGAGUGAUUUUUGGCUGGGAAAUUGGUAAAAACUGAAUGAUAAAUAGUGGUUCAUAUUGGGAAAAAUUCACUGUUUCAGAAUUUUCAUAAUUUUCCAAUUUAUAAUCGAAUCCUUCCUAAAUUUCAAUUGUUCAAAUUUCAGAAAAAAUUGAUUUCCAGAACACUUUUUCAAAUAAAAUUUCACUGUUUCAGAAUUGUUUAAUGUUUUAGAUUUCUAUAUUGCGAGUGCAACAUUUUAAAAACCCACAGAAAAUAAUACGAUUUUUUUGAAACAGUGAAAUUUUUCAAAAUUUACCCUUACAUAAUUUCUUAAUCAAUCCCCUGAAUCCAAAAAAAUGGAUAUAAAAAUUUCAAAACAGUGGAUUUUUUCAGAUUUGAAAAUUUUGGGACUGAAAAUUGAUUUUUUUCAACUGGAAUUUUAUGAUGUUCAACUACGAAAGAACAUUUUUGAAAACCUACGGGAAAUUAUAUGAAUUUUUUGAAACAGUGAAUAUUUUUGUUCCUAUUUGGGAAAAAUUCACUGUUGCAGAAUUUUCAUAAUUUUUCCAUUAUUUUCCAAUUUCUAAUCGAAUCCUUUCUAAAUUUCAAUUGUUCAAAUUUCAGGAAAAUUGAAGUCCACAACACUUUUUCAAGUAAAAUUUCACUGUUUCAGAAUCUUUUAAUGUUUUAGAUUUAUCUUGCCAGUGUAACAUUUCAAAAACCCACAGAAAAUUAUAUGAUUUUUUUGAAACAGUGAAAUUUUUCAAAAUUUACUUUUCCAUCACAUAAUUUCUUGAUCAACCCCAGAAUCCAGAAAAUUGGAUAUAAAAUUUUUUAAAACAGUGGAUUUUUUCAGAUUUGAAAAUUUAGGGAAAAAUUUUUUUUCAACUGGAAUUUUAUGAAGUUGAACUACGAAAAAACAUUUUGACAAUUUGAAUUUUAAAAAUAUUCACUGUUUCAAAAAAUUCAUAUAAUAAAUUCAUAUAACUACGGAAAAUUAUAUGAAUUUUUUGAAACAGUGAAUAAUUUUAAAAUUCAAAUUGUUCCAUCAAUUUCUAAAAUUCACUAAAAAAACAUUUCAAACAUUUUAAAAGUGUGAAUUCUGGACGAAAAAGAUGGAAAAUUCACGUGGAAUUUUAACACAAAAAUGAUUUUUUUUUCUUUGAAAUCUAAUCCCUUAAUAUUUUUAAAAACCCACAGAAAAUUAUACGAUUUUUUUGAAACAGUGAAAUUUUUCAAAAUUUACUUUAACCUUAAAAAAUGUUGUAAUCAAACCCCUGAAUCCAGAAAAUUGGAUAUAAAAAUUUUAAAACAGUGGAUUUUUUCAGAUUUGAAAAUUUCGGGAAAAUUUAUUUUUUAACUGGAAUUUUACGAUGUACAACUACAAAAAAACAUUUUUGAAUACCUACGGAAAAUUAUAUGAAUUUUUUGAAACAGUGAAUAUUUUUGAAAUUCAAAUUGUCCUAUCAAUUUCUAAAAUUCACUAAAAAUUGAUGUUAGUUUCAAACAUUUUAUAAAUGUGAAUUCUGGACCAAAAAGCUGAAAAUUUCAGAAAAAUCAUGCCACGUGGAAUAUUAAAACAAAAAUGAUUUUUUUUCUGAAAUAGUUGAUCUCUUAAUAUUUUUAAAAACCCACAGAAAAUUAAAUGAUUUUUAUGAAACAGUAAAAUGUUCAAAAUUUACUUUAACCUUAAAAAAUGUUGUAAUCAAACCCUUGAAUCCAGAAAAUUGGAUAUAAAAAUUUUAAAACAGUGGAUUUUUUCAGAUUUGAAAAUUUCGGGAAAAUGUAUUUUUUUAACUGGAAUUUUACGAUGUACAACUACAAAAAAACAUUUUUGAAAACCUACGGAAAAUUAUAUGAAUUUUUUUGAAACAGUGAAUAUUUUUGAAAUUCAAAUUGUUCUCUUAAUUUCUAAAAUUCACUAAAAAUUGAUAUAAUAUUUUCAAACAUGUUAUAAAUGUGAAUUCUGGACCAAAAAGCUGAAAAUUUCAGAAAAAUCAUGCCACGUGGAAUUUCAGCACAAAAGUGAUUUUAUUUAUGAAAAUAGUUCGUCUCUUACAUUAAUAUUUUUAAAACCCCACAGAAAAUUAUAUGAUUUUUUCGAAACAGUGAAAUUUUAUGUAUGCUUCUGAACUUCUCCUCAAAAAAAAUCAAUAUUUCCAGAAUGACACGUAGCAUGAGCGAUGGAACAUUGCGGCGCCACGUGGAAAAUGUGCGGAAGAAGCGGAAAAAUAGCGAUGAGGAUUUGUAUUCGAAAGAUCAAUUAGGAGGAGCCGAUCAAGAUAUCAGAAAUCGAAAAUCAAAACGAACUUUGUCCUCAAUUUUCAAAGAAGAUUUAUCGAAAUCCGAAAGACUACCAAUGCCAGAAUUCAUUCCGGAAAAGGUUGCGGAAAACAAUCCGGAAUUGACGCAAGCGGAACUCGAAAGUGUUAUGAGUGUCUAUGCACGACCUUUGGAUGAUUUUUUGGAAAUGUUCAUACAAUUUGGAUAUGUUUUAUUGUUUUCGCCAGCUUUUCCGUUGGCCGCAUUUUGUGCGUUGGUUAAUAAUUUGAUCGAAAUUCGAGUUGAUGCGUUCAAAUUGUGUAACACUGUGCAAAGACCGUUUGGAAGACGGGUUAAAGGUCAGCGAUUUUUGGGAGGUUCCGAAUUGACGCCAAAAAUUCCACGUCAUAGUUUUUUUUCUGGAUUUUGAGGUUUGAUUGUGCCAUUAUUCAUUUUCAAAAUAAUUUGUGCUCGAAGUGGCAUGAUUUUCCAACUUUUUUUUAUCAGAAAAAUUUCACUGUUUCAAAAAUUUGAUUUUGGCGUUUGUUCUUUGUUUCUGACGCUAACUAUGUGACAAUUUUUUUGGUGCAAAGUUCAAAAAAAUUUUGUGAUUUUUUGUUUACUUUUAAAUUUUUUUUCAGUAAUUUUCACAAAUUAUCAAAAAGGGUAUUUUUUGAGUUUCACAAAUUUUCACUGUUUCAAAAAAUUAUUAUCAUUUUCUGUAAAUAUUCGAAACUGAUGAACGUCUUUAUUGCAUAAGAUUUCACAUUUACUCAUUUUCAAAUAACGAAAUUCCACGUGGCAUGAUUUCCCACUAUUUUUGCCACCGAAUUCGAAUUUUUGAUAUUAGAAAAAUCCACUGUUUCAAACAUUGAAUUUAAAUUUUUCUGCAUUUUUGAGUAUGAUCUUCUGGGUUUUUUAUCUUGGAAAAAAACAAGUGACAAUUUCAUCUCAAUUUCAAAUUAUUUAGCACGAAUCUAUUUCUAAAAUGAAUUUUCUGCCACCAGUUUCGAAAAUAUCAAUUUUCAAGUGUUUUUCAAAUCACAAAUUUUCACUGUUUCAAAAAAGUCCCAUAAUUUUCUGCAGGUUUUUUGAAACUGAUCAGAAAUUUUCCAAAACUUUUGGUGUCAAAAUUCCACAUUUUAUUGAUUUUCUGAAAUUUCUAGCUUCUUGGCACAGAAUGCAAAUUUUUCAAAUAAAAAAAAAUCACUGUUUCAAAAAAUUCGUAUUAUUUGCUGUAGGUUUUCAACAUGUUUACAAUUUUUAUUUAUACGUCAAUAUUUUGAAAAUUCACAUUCUGACAUGAAAUAAGCCAUAUUUGUCUUUAAAAGUUGGACCUGAAAAGUCUUCGCUGAAUUAUCAUUGGAAAAAUCACUGUUUCAAUAUAAUCUCAUAAUUUUGAGGUUUUUUUAAAAAUAAUCUCACUAUUCUUCCAACAAGAAAUUUCACUGUUUCAAAGAAUUCUUGUAAUUUUCUGUAGGGUUUUUGAAACUGAUGAAAUCUACGGAAUUUUUCCAAAUCUCAUAGUUUUUAUAUUCAAAAAAUGUUUGAUGUCAAAAAUGCCACGUAGCAUAAUUUUUCUCAAUUUUCUUUCUCUCUCUUUGCUCCGGAAUCAAAAUUGUUUGAUCAGAAAAAUGUCACUGUUUCUAAAAUUUUAUAUUAUUUUUCCUGGAUUUUGUGGUUCGCUCUAUUCCUUUAUUGUUUGCAGAAGCAAAAACUUAUGUAAUAUUUUUUUGGUACCAAGUUCAAAAAAAUGUUAGCUCAAAAAUGAAUUUCAUCAUGAUUUUUCACUUUUCAAAUUUUUAAGUAAUUUUCACAAAUUAUCAAAAAGGGUUUAUUUUCAAAUUUUUUAUUUUUUUUUGUGGUUAAAAUGCCACGUGGCAUGAUUUUCCACUAGUUUCUAGCCUUUUGUCCCGGUAUUCAGAUUUUUCAAAUCAGAAAAAUUUCACUGUUUCAAAAAUGUCAUAUUGUUUUUUCUGGAUUUUGCGAUUUGAUUUCGUCAUCUCAAUGCGCGCAUUAAUGCAAUCAAUAUUUGACGUAGUUUUGGUGCCGAAUUCAAAAAAAAGUCAAUUUUUCUCGAUUUUGAAUUUUUCAAGUUUCAUGAACUGAUCAAAAAUAGAGAAUUUCUGAUUUUUUUGAGUUUCACAAAUUUUCACUGUUUCAAAAAAUUCGUAUAAUUUUCUGUUGAUUUUUUGUAAAAAGUAUUCGCUCUAAAAAAAAGAUCAGACAUUAUUUUUUAUACUGAAAACCUUGAAUUUCCAGAUAUUGGAGCGUGGCAAAAAGCAAUGGAAAUCUUGGGAAUCCUGGGAGUUCUUGUAAAUUGUGUCUUAAUUGGUCAAAGCGGCCUCGUUCAUCGAAUUUGGCCCGAUUUAUCAUGGGGUGGACAAAUCCUGAUUAUAGUUGUAUUAGAACACGUCAUUCUAGCUUCCAAAAUGAUAAUCGAUAUUUUGGUGCCAGAUGUUCCGCAUUGGGUGAGAAUUGAGACAGCAAAACAGGAACAUUUUCGACGAGAAGCAUUCAAAAGGGAAUCCAAACUGUUGACACUUCAAACACCGCCUGGAAUUGGAGCUGGAAAUGUGGCUGCUGCUGAAAAUCGAGCUGAAACACGAUAUGUGAAGCCGAAAAGGCGAAGUAUUACACCGAUGGUUCGAUUGCAGAGUUUUAGCCGGAAAACUGUUGAUAAUAAUUGUAUUGAUUGA